AUGACCUUAUAUUCUUCUCCAGUGAUCAUAGAUACCGAUCCCGGUAUCGAUGACGCACUCGCUUUGUCUUUGGCCCUAGCCUCGCCUCAAUUGGAUAUUAAAGCUAUCACGGUUGUAUUCGGCAAUUCAAGUAUCAAGGACACCACAAGGAAUCUCCUAACUUUAUUUGAUGUUAUCGAUAAGGAAAUCGAAUACUUAAAAAAUGCAUCACCACACAACAAUGAUGUUCAUCCAGAAGAAUGGGAAAAGGAAAGACGUAUACUUUUAAAUCGAUUUGAAUGGUCAAAGCCCGUGGUCGCGAUAGGAGCGGAUAAACCCAUGAAAGCUACGGAACAUCUUGCGGUUGAUUUUCAUGGCAUCGAUGGAUUUGGACAAAUACAUACCACGCACCCCCAUUACACGCCAAAGGAUCUGAAGAAUUUAAAAUCGAAUAGAUACGAGAUGUCGUCUCGAGAUGCGAUCGAUGAAAUCUUAAUCCAAUUAAAGAAUUCACCUCCAUUCACGAUUACGAUCAUCGCUUUGGGACCUUUGACGAAUCUUGCCUUGGCCUAUGAAAAGGAUAAACGUACAUUCUCUCGCGUUAAACAGAUCAUUUGUUUAGGAGGUGCCAUUAAUUCUCCCGGUAACACGACUCCUUGCGCGGAGUUUAACAUUUACGCGGAUCCCGAUGCCGCAUGUAUUCUUACCGAAGCUACCAAAGGUUUCUCUCCAUCGGUAACCAUCCAAAAUAAGAUCGAAAUGUUGCAUCACAGGGACCAUGUGCCAUUACAUUUAACCGUGUUACCCAUAAAUGGUAUACAUUUAUAUAUCAAGGUUUUUACAAAUCACGUUACGUCUUUAAAUACACCUCUCAGCGUCUUUGUGACCGCAUUUAUGGAUUACGCGUUUAACAAGAUGCGAAAUUAUUAUGGAAUUUAUAGUCUGGAAAUGCAUGACCCGGUCGCGGUCGCAUUUGCGAUCGACAUCUUAACAAAUAAAUCUCCGGUAUACACCUCGGAAUUUGUUGACAUGAAGAUUGAAACUCAAGGGAUCUAUACAAGAGGAAUGACCAUAGUUGAUAGUAGACCGAAACCUCCUUCAUUGAAUUUGGAAACUUUGGAAAGAGAUUUUGGCAUUUGGGGUUACCUUUAUGCGACCAAUGUUGAAAUUAUAACUUCCUACGAUUAUAAAUUUUUCAUUGGCGAUUUUUUAAAGAGAGUUUUUAAUGUCGAUUUCUUUGAAUAUUAA